UGCAAUGUAAUUGAAAACAACCACGAUUCUCCCAGCAGCGCAACGACAACCUUCAUACGAAUAUGCGACACUCCUCAGUGAAAUCUCUGAACACCGGAGAAAUCCCUACAGCUCCAAGCCGGUAACAACCAACCAUUCUCUUCACCAACAUGGCCAUCCUCCUCCUCGCAAUCCUCCUCACCCUCACUAUAACAUCACUAGCCGCAUACCGACUCUACACAAUCCUACAACCACGAAGCAAACCCAACAAACAAUGGUCACCACAGCGAAAACGCGGCGAACGCACCCACCUCCUCAUCGUCCUCGGCAGCGGAGGCCACACAGCCGAAAUGCUCUCCAUGCUCUCCCGCGCCACUUCCGAAACCACCCCCUCCCACCGCCUAAACUGGAGCGAUUACCAAUUCCGAACGUGGGUGGUGGGCGCAGGCGAUAGUAUCUCCGCGCAGCGAGCCAAAGACUUCGAAACGAGCCUUGCCGUCAAAGCGAAAACUGAAACCGCAGGGGCAGUCAUUUCCACCGUUCCUCGAGCACGAAAGAUUCAUCAGCCGAUUCUCACUGCGCCUUUGUCCUCUCUGCGCUGCAUGCUCGCUUGCUGCGUCGUUUUGUUCCAGCAUUCGCGGACGGAGCGAGGCUUUCCGGAUCUGAUAUUGUGCAAUGGGCCUGCGACGGCGACGAUUCUGAUCUUCGCUUCCCUCCUUUUGCGCUUCCUUGAUGUUGGGGGUUGUCAGAGGGAGGGCAAGAUGCGGACUGUCUAUGUGGAGAGUUGGGCGCGGGUGAAGCGGUUGAGUUUGUCGGGACGGUUGCUGGUGUGGGUUGUGGAUCGGUUUUUGGUGCAGUGGCCGCAGCUGCUUGAGGAGGGGGUGUGCAAGGCGGCAGGGAAGGGGGAGUAUUUGGGGGUGCUUGUUUGAGGUUAUAUACGACUUCGGACUUGAGCCUUGAGAGAGGUAUUCAAACAGUUCAAAGGCAAGCGGAUUCAUUCUGAUUUCAAUAUACAAUUUCCACAUCACAACUCAACGAAGCAUCCCCAGCAGCGAGGUACGGCGUCGACAUUUAGUCGAACUCGAUAUUCAUCUUCAGCGCCUUCGUCUCCGCCGCACGGCCGAAGGUGUCGUAGGCCUUUUCGAUCUCGCUAAACUUGAAGUCUGGACGAUGACAUGUUAACGGUGAGCGCAAAGCGAAAGGGUUUACA